AUGGCGCACAGAAGGGAACCGGAGUCUGCCACUGAAAAACUACGGGUGUCACUUUUCGUUUCUUUUGUCUGUCUUGCUAUUCAUCUCGGCGGCGCUGAAGACUUACGACAUCGGACACGAAGCGCCUCAACUGUCGAAACGGUAGAAAACUACGACAAAUACUAUAAUUAUGUCGACCUAACCGAGCGCUUGCAGUCCUACGCUCAGAAAUACGCUCACAUAGCAAACCUGUCGAGCAUUGGUCAGUCCGUCCAGGGCAGGGAGCUCUGGGUGAUGAGGAUCACCAAGGACCCCCAUAUAGAGGCACCGGGAAAACCAAAGUUCAAAUAUAUCGGCAACAUGCACGGCGACGAGACCGUGUCCAGGCAGGUUCUGGUCUAUCUUGUGGAAUACUUGCUAACUAAAUACGAGGAGGAAACAAGGAUAGCUGCGUUGGUUAACACCACGGACAUCUACAUCAUGCCCAGUAUGAACCCUGAUGGCUUUGAGGUGUCCAAAGAAGGGGAAUGUUCCGGGCAAAGAAAGGGCCGAAACAAUGCCAAAAACAAGGAUCUGAACAGGAGCUUUCCUGACCAAUUUGGGACGAAAGUAGCCAACCAGCCUGAUAGCAUUCCUGAAGUCAUGGCUGUCAUCAGAUGGAUGCAGGACAAGCAGUUUGUUCUGUCUGCAAACCUGCACGGUGGAACUGUGGUUGCCAGCUACCCGUUUGAUGACUCAGCCUCUCAUGAGGGACAAAGUCAUUAUAGCCCGUCACCAGACGACAGCCUUUUUCGCUACUUGGCCCUGGUGUACUCCAAGAACCACCCGGUGAUGAAGACUGGCAAGCCCAAUUGUCCUGAUAAUCCAGGAGAAACCUUUAAAGAUGGUAUCACUAAUGGGGCACAGUGGUACGAUGUGGCAGGAGGGAUGCAGGACUACAACUACAUCUAUGAAAACUGUCUUGAAAUUACCAUUGAGCUUAGCUGCUGCAAAUAUCCCCACGCUUCUCAACUCCACAAGGAAUGGGACCUCAACAAAGAGUCUCUUCUGGCCUACAUUGAAAAGAUUCAUAUAGGUGUCCGUGGCUAUGUAAGAGAUCAUGUCAGUGGAACAGCCAUUACCAAUGCCAACUUAGUGGUCGCCGGUAUCCCCCACAACCUGACCACUGGAAGGUAUGGCGACUACUACAGACUUCUGAUCCCAGGAACUUACAACAUCACUGCUAUGGCCACAGGGUACACUACAGUGACGCGCAGCAAUGUACAAGUCUUGGAGGGAGAUGCCGUUGAACUUAAUUUUGUCUUAGAACCAGUUUCAAACGAGCCAACUUUCAACAGAAGAGUCACUAAGACCACACCCUCUUCACCGUCAAUCACUGAUAUUAACAUCUCCUCCUUAAAUACCAAUACUCAUCCCUCCACCCAGUCCCAAGUGGUAACCUCUGUAGGAAGCAAAAGAACACCCACUCCACCACCACCCGAACCACAGCCUGUUCAACCUCAGGAAUUUCGUCACCACAACUAUACUGAUAUGGAGAGCUUCUUACGCAAGUACAGCAACGACUUCCCAUCUAUUGCUCAUCUUUACUCUAUCGGCCGUUCUGUGAAAGGCAGGGAGCUCUAUGUGAUUGUUAUAUCAGACAACCCCACAGUUCAUGAACAUGGUGAGCCUGAGUUUAAAUAUGUGGGCAACAUGCAUGGCAAUGAAGUGGUUGGACGGGAACUACUGCUCAACCUCAUUGAGUACCUUUGCCUUAACUAUGGCACUGACCGGGAAGUAACAGAGUUGGUCAACAGCACACGCAUUCACAUUAUGCCUUCAAUGAACCCUGAUGGCUAUGAGGCUGCUCAUGAAGGUGAUGAGAGAGGCUACAGAGGGCGCAACAACAGCAACAAUGUUGACCUGAAUCGCAAUUUCCCAGACCAGUUUGCCACUAUUAAAGAGCCCAGGCAGCCAGAGACUAUCGCUGUGAUGAACUGGCUUAAAAGCAUUCCUUUUGUCCUAUCGGCCAAUCUCCAUGGAGGUUCUUUGGUGGUCAACUACCCCUUUGAUGAUAAUAAAGAGAUGAAAACACAUUACAGCAAGUCACCGGAUGACAAAGUUUUUCAGCAGGUGGCCCGAGCCUACUCACAGGAAAACUUUCUGAUGCACAAUGGACACCCUUGUGCGAGACUGUACCCUGAAGAAUACUUUACAGAUGGCAUCACCAAUGGUGCCAACUGGUACAAUGUUGCUGGGGGCAUGCAAGACUGGAAUUACAUGAACACCAACUGCUUUGAAGUGACUAUUGAGUUGGGUUGUGUGAAGUACCCCUGGGCCAAGGAUCUGCCUAAAUAUUGGGAACAAAAUCGUCAAUCUUUGCUUCAAUUUAUCCAUCAGGUUCACCAUGGAAUAAAAGGAACAGUCUCUGACAUUAGAGAUGGUAUGGGAAUACCCAAUGCCACCAUUCAGAUUGAGGACAUUGACCACAACAUCAGCACAGCUCUCACUGGUGACUACUGGAGACUGCUAGUCCCUGGGACGUAUUCCAUCACUGCCUCCGCCAAUGGAUAUCAACCUUUGAAGACAUAUGCCACCGUGUCCAAGAAUGGGGUGGAAGUGGUUGAUUUCCGGCUGACAAGUCUUCACUCAGAAUCUAAUGGCCAGUCACCUUCCAAACCCCAGCCAAGCCAUAACCCACCGGAGGUGGGGUUUGAGAGCUUAAUCAAAGACCUGUCUCUGGGUCUAGGUUUAGAACAGCUGGUCAAGAGCAUAGAUACAGAGAAGAGUUUCAGAUUUCGAGGUUACAAGGACAUUUCUGCGUUCCUCCAAGAUCUUACCCACAACUAUACUAAAAUCACAUCCUUGCAGAGUUUGGGCCACAGUGUUGAGUUUAGAACUAUUUGGGCUCUGGAAAUUUCCAACAACCCAGGAGUGGCUGAGCCCUCUGAGCCUAAGGUACGCUAUGUAGCAGGGAUCCAUGGUAAUGCACCUGUGGGAACUGAGCUGCUUCUCCAUUUUGCUGCCUUGUUAUGUCACAACUAUGGCAAAAGUCCAGACAUUACAAAGCUCAUCAAUGAAACAACUAUUGUAAUUGUGCCGUUGAUCAACCCAGAUGGAAGAGAACAAGCAGUGGAGAAGCAAUGCACCUCCACCCGGGGCUUCACCAAUACUCACGGCAAAGAUCUUGACACAGACUUCUUUGGCAAUGCAUCCCAGCAUGUGGUGGAACCACAGCCAGAGACCAGAGCAAUGAUUGACAUGAUUUUAGAUAAAGGCUACACACUGUCUGUGGCACUUGAUGGCGGAUCUCUUGUGGCAACUUAUCCUUAUGACAAGCCUGUCCAGUCAGUGGAGAAUGAAGGCACUCUGAAGUACUUGGCCAGUGUUUAUGCCAAAAACCAUCCCACGAUGCACCUUGGUAACACAGGAUGUGCAAUUAAUGGACAAGCAAGCAACAUACCAGACGGAGUUAUGAGGGCAGCUGAGAGACAAAGUCACAUGGGCAGUAUGAAGGACUUCAGCAUGGACUUUGGCCAAUGUCCAGAAAUCACAGUGUAUACUGGCUGUUGUGUGUUUCCUCCAACGGAACAGCUUGCCACACUCUGGGCAGAGAACAUGAAACCUCUUCUAAGUAUGUUGGUGGAGGCUCACAAAGGUGUGCGGGGAGUGGUGAGAGAUAAGAGCGGGAAGCCCAUUGUUGGUGCCAUCAUGGUCCUGAAUGGGGGUGUUAAAGUCUUUACUGCAGAAGGUGGAUACUUCCGUGCUCUACUGGCUCCUGGCAACCAUGUGAUCGAAGCUGUUGCUGAUGGCUACCAGCAACAACGCCAAGAGGUAGUGGUGUCUUCCUAUGAAGCAGCGAGACCCAUCAUCAUUGAGUUUGACAUGGACCACAGCAUAUUUGGUCUACCGAGAGAAUUUGUGGUUGCCAGUGCAGCUGCCACCAUGACGGCAUUGGUGGUGACUGCAUGCAUCAUCUGGUGCGUGUGCGCUGCCAAGUCCAACCGGCAAAAAGACGGCUUUCAUCGUUUACGGCAGCACAGAGAUGAGUAUGACGAUGAGAUCCGGCUAACGUCGAUGGGCUCCAAGAAGUCACUCCUUGCCCAUGAGUUUCAGGAUGAAAGUGAAAGUGAUGAGGAUACAUUAUAUGCCAACAAAAUCUGA